CCCAGGGGCCCCGGGGGGUGGAAAAAAAAAUAAGGCACAAAAUAUACAUAGAGAGAGAGAGAGAGAGAGAGAGAGAGAGAGAAAGGCAUCCCCACCCUUUGCAAAGGAAAGCCCUUCUGUGCGUAAAAAUCCUUUUGCAAAAAUAAAAGGGAGGAAAAGCAAGCAAGGAAGGAAGAAAGCAAGAUUGCUAUAUAUAUAUAUAUAUUUUUUUUUGGGGGGGGGGGGACCCAAAUUGCAUGCAAUUGUUUCCAGCAGAUCAGAGCCACCCAGAAGAUCCAGGGACCCAGCAGAUCCUCCAGGGAUCCUCCAGGAGAAGAAGAAGGAGAGGGAUGGAUGCCUAGCAGAGAGGCAAAGGCUGGUCAUGGAGACCCUUCCCAGCCUCUCCUCCAUCAAGAGGGAGCCCCCAGAGCCAGCAGAAGAGUUGUCCUUCCCAGAACCGCAAUCGGAUCCUCAGAACCACGAUGAACUGAGUUCUGGACAUCCUCUGUGGCCAGCUGGGAAUGGCCUCUUGCGUGGGAAUGCCAAGGAUCCCUCUGCGCUCCUUGCCAGCGGGCGGAAAUACUCGGACCACUGUGAAGAACGGGCUUCGAGGCCCGGCAAGAGCCGUAUCCCCGGUCGGGACCACCGGCGCUACUACCAUGAGCACUGGAGGGCCGAGUAUCUGAUGGACUUCAACGCAGCUCGGCACGGCAUGAUCUGCAUGGUGUGUGGGAGCUCGCUGGCCACCCUCAAGCUCAGCACCAUCAAAAGGCACAUCCGGCAAAAGCACCCGUACUCCCUGGCAUGGAGCGCACACGAGAAGGAGGUCAUCAUGAACAGCUGGGAUGCCCAUUUGGGGCUCGAGACAGAGGCGGAAGGUGCCCAGGAUUCAUCCGAAGCAUCCGAUGCUCAGCAGGGGAGCCAUGGGGGAGACCUGUCCUUUGGUGGAGGCCGCAGGAGGCGACGUGGCCCAGCACCUCUUUCCUCUCGUGGGGGGCGAAGGCCAUCUGGCCUGGCUUUGAAAGUCUCCUCGGAUGGAGAAGCCCGGAAUUUGGAGCGUUAUCUGAAAGAGUCUCUCCAGAGCUGGUUCCAGUCUGAGUUCCUGAUGGACUAUGACCCUCAAGGGAACAGGCUCUUUUGCAUGAUGUGCGGCUCUUCCUUACCCAGCCUCAACUUGGAUGACAUCAAGCGCCAUGUGAUGGAUGCCCACCCCAGUUCGCUGGGCUUCAGCCCCGCUGAAAAGGCCGCCAUCUUGGAGGCGUGGAAUUCCCGCGCGUCCACAAUGGCUGUCAAAGACAGGAAUGCAGGGGAAGAUGAAGCAGAAGAGGCGGAGGAUGAUGACGACGAGGAUGAGGAUGAAGAUGAGGAGGAGACUUCCGUGGAAGUUGGCUUGCAGAGCUCCCCUCAGGACCUGCGAGUGAAAGAAGUGGCUCCGUCUCCAUCUUCCGACCGCCCUGCUGGUGAGGACGGGUCCGAAGAAGCUGGCCUUUGGGACUCAGAAGGCAGCAGUCCUCUUACUCAGGCCCGCGGCCGGGACCACCGUCGCUACUUCCAGGAGCACUGGCGGGUGGAGUACCUAAUGGACUACAACGGUUUGCGCCACGGACUGGUGUGCAUGGUAUGCGGGAGUGCGCUCGCCACACUCAAAAUGAGCACCAUCAAACGGCACAUCCAGCAGAAGCACCCCGACUCCACGCUUUUGAGCCACCAAAUGAAGGCCAUGAUUGUCCAGGAGUGGAAUCUUAAAGUUGCCCGCAUGGGACACAUGGAGGACUUCCUGCCCAAAUCGGACACUGAGGCAGACAAAGUGAUGACACCUGGUCACCCAGAGCAUGACCUCAAGCCAUCCUUGGUGGCCAAGGAAGAUGUGGCAACAUCCCCAGGAGCUGAAAAAGAAGAAGAUGCGCCAUCAGGAAGAAGACUGGUUCCUUUCCAGCAGUCCCCAGAGGCUACAUCUCUGGCAAUGGGGACCCCAUCCCGGCGGUGGCAGCGUCGGAACUACCAGCCGCGUUGGCGAGAGGAGUACCUGAUGGACUACGACGAGCAGCGUCACGGACUGAUUUGUAUGGUUUGCGGGGGCACCUUGGCAACCCUGAAAGUCAGCACCAUCAAACGGCACAUCCUGCAGGUGCAUCGGUUCUCUCUGGACUACACCGAGCUGGAGAAACGGACCAUCCUCGAGGCUUACGGCGAGAAAGACAUGCUGCGGAAAACCCGGGGACCGAGACCGAGACUGAGUCCUGUUACCACCGCCACCACGGCCACCAGCACCAGCCUUGACUCUGAGCCCCGUGACGUCAAGCCAAACGUCCAAGAAAUGGGGAAGAUGCCGUUUGGGUACAAUUUGUCCAUAUGUACAGUGUAACCACUCACCCAGACUGCCCUGUGGCGGCAGGAAUACCAACAAGGAAAAAAAAUACACAAACUGUUCUUUUCUGCCUCCCCCUGAUAUGGACAAGCAGGAACUCAUGGGAUUCUCCGUUUUAAUCGUUCCGCAACUGGAAGAGUUGAUGCCGACGCCAGGGAAAUUGUUAGUUUGUUUUGCAUAGUAAUAGACCCCCCCCCUCCAUUUUUAAUUUGCAUGUUGUUUUAGUGGAUUCCUCCCCUCCUUUGUGAACCUGGAACUUUGUGUUCUGGAGACCUGCCUCCAAGCCAGGUGUGGAAAGGCUUUGGUGGCUUUAUGGUAUGCUGGAAGUAAGAAGGGCAAAAGGGUUGCAGUGCCUGUUUUUCAAGAAAGGAGAAAGGUGCUCAGUCCUGCAAGGCAGGGUUGGGAAACCUUUGGCCUUCCAGGCAUCUUGAAUAUCAAUGCCCAGAGGUCCCAACCAGGAUGGGGAAUAGUAAAAGAUUAUGGUUCUUGUAAUCUAAAACACCUGGAGCACCAUAGGUUUCCCUGCCCCUGGGGACCUGAAACCUUGAGGUUUGUUCAGAACGGGAACAUCGUCCCCUUUUUACUGCAAGGAAAACCUCCCCAUAAGCUUGAUGUUUUAUUCCUACCCCUUGGCUGUUUUAGUGAGCCGUGUAGUGCAUUUACUCCUCGCUUGCUACAGGUCUGCAUUUACACAGCAGCAGUUAGCCUACCGUUCUUUAAAACGAUUAAUUUUAGAAGGAAAAGGGAUUGUAGCUUAGUGGUAGAGUCUGUGCUUUGCAAUGAGAUGGCUGUGCAUUUUAAAUAAAAUCCCCAUCAUCCCCAGUGAUCCCACUGUGAAACUAAACUGGGCAAACAACUAUCCCAUCUUCCCCAUCCCCGUAUGGGGAUGAUGGGAGCUGUAGGCCAACAAAUCUGGAGGGCAUCAUGAUGUGGAAGGCUGAGCCAAAGGUAGUGACUUGGUCUAAGACACCAAACAGACUGUGAAUGGGUGAAUGAUGUGUCCUUCCAAAUUUCUACUCUUCCUAGAAGAGGCCAGCUUUGGAUAGCCCUUUGGUGGCACAGUUGUAUAAGUCUCAGUGCCCGCUUCUCUGACACUUUUUGAGAAUCUGUGGAUUGGGGUUAAUGUUGGAACAGGGUUGGGCAGCAUGUGCCCCAACUGUUGGACUGUAGCUGCCAGAAUCCCUCACAGCUGGCUAGUGCUGAUGGAAGGCCACAACUGCUCAUUCAUGCUUUAAUAGGAAUGCUGCCUCCUGCUCCUCUUUUCCUUCGCAUCCCCUGCUUCUCUCCAGGAGUGAGUCUCUUUUAGGAGUUUCCUAGUCCUUGGUUUGAAAGGUGGGUUUGUAGGAACUCUUCUCCCGUUGCUUCUUGCAGAUAGUUGGCUUGGCUUCCAGCAGUGGAGGCCUUCCAGAUGGUCCUCACAGCCCUAUUGCAGGGAAUGAUGACCUGCAGUUGAAGAAACCAGGUCUUGCAGUCUAAGUAACCUUCUAGUGCCACCUGCUUGGAGAAAGAGGGCAACUUAUCUUCUUGGGCAUGACCUGCAGUUGAAGAAACAUGAGUCUUGCAGCCUUCUAGUGCCACCUGCUUAGAAAAAGGGGCAGCUUAUCUUCUUGGACAUGAUCUGGGCAUCUUGGGGCCUUCCAGAUGUCUGCUCCCUUUAGCAUGGACAGUCUUCAGGGAUGGUGGGAGUUGUUGUCCAGCAUCUAGAGGCCCACAGCUCCUCCAUCUCCACUUUAGAGAAAACCGCCUAAAGUAGUAACAGAGUCAUCUCCUGACCCUUUCCUGCCUUUUAAGUGCCUGGCUCUUGGUGAGAGCUUAGAAAAUCGACCUUGUUAGGACUGUAGUUCUUGGGAUUUCCAGCAAGUUUGGAGAUUCUGGGAGUUUUAGUCCAAAGCGAUCACAUUUCCAAGCAACUAGUGUUGCUCGGCUAGGGCCAUUCGCCAAACCUGUCAUAACGUCUACGCUGAUCCAAGCAUUAGGUUAUUAUAUUUGAAAAGUUUCAGAUGGGAAUGUGGUUAAACAUUUCCCAUCUGGUCCCGCUUAGCUUAAGGGCUGGCUUGUCCCAUCCAUUCUAAUCAAUGGGUUUUGGAUUUGCUGGACUAUUUCAUAUCAGAAGAGCUGCUUCCUAGCCAUGGGGCAGGGGCGAAGUUUGCUAAUCUGAGUGCUUCUCCUGUGGAGAAAAUCUCAUUUUGCAUAAAAGAACAAGAACGCCCAAGUAAGUUAGGAAAGACAAGGCUGAAUCAUUUUUCUAUGACAUGCUUAUUCCCCCCUAAACAAUCCGUUCCCUCUCCCUUCCCCAGUUACCACUGUAAGGAAAAGUAUUCAGUCUCCUACCAGUAGUAGCACACUUUAGGAAACCUAGGUUUUUGGUGGGUUUUUGGGGCUCUGUGGCCAUGUUCUAGAAGAGUUUAUUCAUGAUGUUUCUCCAGCAUC